AUGAGGCCCACUUCGGAUCCUUCAUUGCUCCUCAGAACCCAGGCCCGAGAUACGACGAUGAAGGCUACGAUAAGUCCGAUGACGACAUGUUUUCCUUCGAUCGUCAUCGGCCUUUUGAGAACAGACGUGGAUUUGCUUUCCACAAUGUCUGCUGGACGCUGCUGGAGGAAGCCUUCUGGCCCAAGCCUAUCCCUCUCGGUACAACUUUCCAGAUUUUCGAUUCACUCACCCUGGUGA